GUAAAUAUCGACGUACAGGAAGAGGUAACAGCGUGGAUGGGCUGUAGAGUUCCAACAUGGAAAACACCACCGAUGGAAAAUGGGAUAGUUUACCUGUUAAACUGAACGACAGCAUAAUGGAAACUCUCGACGAGUUAGGGUUUACUUUUAUGACACCUGUUCAGUCUGCCUGUAUUCCGCUCUUUAUGUGCAAUAAAGAUGUCGCUGCCGAGGCUGUGACUGGAAGUGGGAAGACACUCGCUUUUGUUAUUCCUAUUAUAGAAAUUCUUCUAAAGCGAGAAGAGAAACUGAAGAAAUUGCAGGUUGGUGCAUUGGUCAUCACCCCGACCCGAGAACUAGCCCUUCAGAUCAGCGAGGUGAUAGGGCAGUUCAUCCAGAAGUUUCCACAAUUCAAACAGAUUUUGUUGAUAGGUGGAAGCAACCCUAUAGACGAUGUGGAAAGGUUCAAGGAACAGGGGGCCAACAUAGUGAUUGCAACUCCGGGUCGACUGGAAGACAUGUUCCGUAGAAAAGCAGAUGGUUUGGACCUGGCCAGCUCCGUAAAGAGUCUGGACGUUCUGGUGCUGGACGAGGCGGACAGGCUGCUGGAUAUGGGCUUCGAGGCCAGCCUGAAUACCAUCCUGGGCCUGCUGCCGAAGCAGAGACGAACCGGGCUGUUCUCGGCCACUCAGACCCAGGAGCUGGAGAAGCUGGUGAGAGCAGGCCUCAGGAACCCCGUACGCAUCGCCGUGAAGGAGAAGGGCGUGGCGGCCACCAGCGUGCAGAAAACCCCUGCCAGACUCUGUAAUUAUUACACCAUCUGCAGAACGGAGGAUAAGUUUAACAACCUGGUGGCGUUUCUACGACAACACAAGCACGAGAAGCAGCUGGUUUUCGUUAGUACCUGUGCUUGUGUGGAGUACUUCGGCAGAGCCCUGGAGGCCCUCAUUAAGAAUGUCACCAUCUACUGCAUUCAUGGCAAAAUGAAGCACAAACGCAACAAGAUCUUUGCAGACUUUCGAACGAUGAAAAGCGGAAUUGUAGUGUGUACCGAUGUGAUGGCCAGAGGCAUCGAUAUCCCAGAAGUCAACUGGGUCCUGCAGUAUGACCCUCCAAGUAGUGCCAGUGCCUUCGUGCAUCGGUGCGGACGCACAGCGCGUAUUGGUAACCAAGGCAACGCCCUCGUCUUCCUCCUUCCGAUGGAGGAGUCGUAUGUCAACUUCCUGUCCAUCAACCAGAAAUGCCCCCUGCAGAGGAUGCCACCUGUCAGAGACGUGGUGGACGUGCUGCCCAAGGUGAAGGUCCUGGCGCAGGCCGACCGCGCCAUGUUUGACAGGGGCAUGAGAGCCUUCGUCUCCUACGUCCAGGGCUACGCCAAACACGAGUGCAGCCUGAUCUUCAGGGUCAAAGAUCUGGACUUUGCCUUGCUGGCCCGUGGUUUCGCCCUCCUGCGCAUGCCCAAGAUGCCCGAGCUGAAGGGCAGGCAUUUCCCAGAGUUUGGUGAGACCGCCCUCGACACAAACACCAUCCGCUAUAAGGACAAGAACAGGGAGAAACUGAGGCAGAAGAUGCUGGCAGAGCUGAAGGAGAGGACGCCUGCGCCCAGGAAGAAGUUCAUCAAGAACACAGCCUGGUCCAAGCAGAAGAACAAGAAGGACCGCAGGAGAAAGACGGCUGCCAAAAGAAAACUUGAAGAGGGCUCAGAUGUAGACGACGAGGACAUGAAGGAGCUGCUGAACGACACCCGCCUGCUCAAGAAACUGAAGAAAGGACAGAUCAGCGAGGAGGACUUUGAGAAGCAGGUGACAGUUGGGCAGAAGAGUCACCGCAAGACUCCAGGACCCUCACAGGAAGAGGAGAGCAAAUGACAACGCGUCGCCUGUGGUUCCUCUUCCUAAAUAUGGACUGGCGCACCUACAUUUUACAGUGUUGUUAUAUAAAGUCUCUUGUGCCACAUCUGGUGAAUUAAUCCUGCAGGGUGAAUUUUCUUUAA